AUGGUCCCCCCUCCCCCAGACAUGGACCCCCAUUCCGCCGACCUUGGCCGCCGAGGAUACUAUUAUCGUGGCUGUAGCUGCAAUGCAUUAUCCUAUGCACAAAGGCUCAGAACUCGGGAUACGAUUAUCGACAUUAAUCUAGCCUACACUUCCAAGUUCUUCAGCCACGAGGUCCUCACUUGCAUGUAUAGCAAAAUGACCUUCGUCUUCCAGUGCACCUGCAGCAUCCUCUACCACAUAUCGACCAACAACAUACUCUCCGACUCUCUAGAGCGCAUCAAAUUCUUCUGGGCCGGGCACAUGUCUGACGAGGCCUUCGUCGCGCUAAGCCAACUGCCGCUACGGCGUCUAACGGCCGUGAUCGGGGACUUCACAACGCGAUUCCUCACCAGCCAGGAGACCAUAUUCCGACGGUAUUUCCUGCGGCCGACAAUCCACAUAACGCAGGCUCUCGGGCUACCCGAGCUGCUCCAGCUGCGCGACCUCGAAUCCGUCCGCGUCGUGUGCUACGGCUCCGCGUAUAUCCUAAUGUCCGAGGACGACCGCCUAGGCCUGGAGCAUCUCUUACGCGAGUUCCUUACUAGAAGACGAGUGAAAACCGAGGACGAAUAUGCGAGCGAUUGA